UCAACGUCAACCGUCAACCAUCAAAAUAAACACGUAAACGUAAUAUUUCCUCUUUUUGCAGUUUACAUGUGAAAUAAGAUUAAGAAAAAUGGUUAGAACAGUAUAUUCCCCCGAGUAUUGCCUGCAGUAUUUAGAACAGUAUGCAUCUCAAGAAAUUUUUGUAACAGGGCUAAUUCUGGGUCAGAUUACAGAUGCCCGAGAGAACGUAAUACAUAUAGCACGAACACCAGAAGAGAAAGGCGGUGAAGCAAUAUCAAACGAUAGUAGUUUUGUUUUAGAGAAACAAGAACAAGCUAAAAAUUUGCUAGGAGUUUCUGAAGCAUGGGUUGCUGAUCACGCUAAACAUGUUACAAGAAUGUUACCGGGGGGCAUGUUUGUUCUGGGUAUCUUUAUAACAAGUGAUGAAGAUAUUUUUGAGGAUCCCAACUAUUUUAGUAAAGUGAAAACUAUAUUGAAUUACAUGUAUAAAGUAUUGAACACUAAUCAUUUGAUGUUUGCAAACUGCCCACAUUCCAAUGAAAGACUAAUUUUGCAUAUGUCAACAAAUACAAAAGUGUUGACAUGUAAAAGCAUUGAAAUAGGACCCAGUAAGAAUGUCGCCAUCAAACCUGUCGAGUGGAAAUUCUUGUCCAAACCCCAGCAAUGGCAGAGAUUGGAUUGUUACUAUGAAUUUGAUGAAGUUUACCCUGUUGUUGUAAAGAAAAGUGGGAUAUCAGUUAAACAACAGUUUCAGCAAAUACUAGAAUCAUCUCAUAAAACUAUUGAGUCAAGCGUAAUGUUCCUGGACGGAGAGUUGAAAGAUUCCUCAGAGCAACUUGAACAGUUGAUUAAAAAAAAGAAAACUAAAAACAACUCCAAAACAGCACAAGAUGUUCCCAAAUCUAUGCAAGUGUCAUUAUUCGUACCUUUUGAGAAUGCUUUACCAGAGACUGUAGAGUAUUUGGAAUGUGAUGGGAGCAUACACUUUAGUGGUGUUGUGGCAUCCAGUGUGUUUAUGUUUCCUAAAGCAUCAGUAGGGGAGGCUAUAGCGGCAGUCAAGCAAGACAUCGUAAGAUCAUUAGCAUCACGCUUCACAAUGCAUUGUGAUGCACUAAUUGAUGAUAAUUUACUACCAGAAGAGAAAGUGUGUUUCAACGAGCCUCCGAGACGUGUGCUAGUGCCAGUUGGAUCGCUGUACCUCUGCGACUACCUGUUUCCUGGGGAAGCACCCGCUGAAGCCUUGCUCUCAGUCAGGGAACUCCUCGACCUGCAGAUUACAGAGGCAGAUGUUAUCUGUGACAUUGAGACUCCUGCUGAUACAUCAGAGUUCGACGCGCUCGAUAGAGACACGAGCAGCGAGGAGCUGCUGGCGACGCCGCAAGAGGCGAGCCAAUUCAUGUACAUAACGGGCAUUGCUUUUGCAUUUCUAGUAUUAACUGUGUCCAUAUUUAUCCACUACUAUGACAGUAUUGCAGAAUUUAUGCGCAAAUUAUUAACCACAUCGUGAAGUAUACUAUGUCUACAGAUUAUAAAGUUAUAGCCCAAUAAACGUUUAUUUUCAUUUUUUUAUUUUAAUGUUACAUAUAACUUGUUUUGUACAGAUAUGUGAUGAGUAAAGUUUAAAUAAAUGAUUUUAAAUUAUU